UCCCUUUUUAAAAAAAUAAAAAUUUUGACCUCCCGUACUGCUUCUUCACAAGCUCCUCAAACGCAAAACCAUGUUUAAUUGUAGCCGUUGCGCUUACCUUGAGUGAUCCUCGAUUCGAUUUGGGUCCCUCCAUCCCAUUGAUUCAAUUCAAAAUAAAAAUAACACUGGGCCUCCAUUCGUCAUUUGCUCAUGGGGGUAUUUGUCCUUGCCCCCUGAAGAAUUUUCACAAUCUCUAUCUUCAUUCUUCAUCUUCCCCUUCGCAAGUUUCUUGAUUCUUCUGAUUUUCAUUUCUCUCCCUCCUUCUGCCUUCACUCACUCACUCUCUCUCUCUCCUCCCCCCCCCCCCCCCCCGUCUCCUCUUCCCAUAAAGAAGAACAAGCUCUUGCUUGCCCGACUGUUUCUUUUUUAUCCAAGUCACUCUGCCCCUCUGUUUCUCGUCCCCGGUUUCUGUUGGGUCAUGUAUCUUUCUAUCAGUGAUUGGUUAAAGAACUGAACUUCUAUAUUGAUUCUUAAUCAUCUCUGUGAUCAUUUUUUCUCACUCGUCGCUUGUUUAUAGAAGCCAAUACUAGAAUCGCUUAUUUUUCUCUUGUUUUUUUUUCCUGGUCAUCUCGUCCUGGAAAAAUUGUUGGCAUCUAUCUGGCAAGAACAUUCUGGAGAAUGGGGAAAUUUUGGAUAUUGAGGUGGAUUGUGGUGGUGGGGAUCAUGAGUUGGUAUGUUGAAGGGCUUGGGGUGAAUUGGGGAACUCAGGCAACGCAUAAAUUGCCGCCAGACACGGUGAUUCAGAUGCUGAAGGACAAUGGAAUUCGGAAAGUGAAAUUGUUCGAUGCAGAUGAGUCCACCAUGAGUGCUCUGGCUGGGACUAACAUUGAAGUCAUGGUCGCCAUUCCCAACAAUCAGCUUGCUGCCAUGAAUAACUAUGAUCGGGCCAAACAGUGGGUUCGUAAGAAUGUUACACGUUACAACUUCAAAGGAGGCGUCCACAUCAAGUAUGUAGCAGUAGGAAAUGAGCCAUUCUUGAAAUCCUACAACAAUUCAUUCUUGAACAUCACCUUGCCAGCCCUACAGAACAUUCAAAAUGCCCUAAACGAGGCUAACCUUGGAGACAUCGUAAAGGCCACCGUGCCCUUAAAUGCCGAUGUUUACGAGUCUCCAGUAAACAACCCAGUUCCAUCUGCUGGAAGAUUCAGGGCAGACAUAAAUGGUCUGAUGACACAAAUGGUCCAGUUCCUCAAUAAGAAUGGAGCACCAUUCACAGUUAACAUCUACCCCUUCUUAAGCCUUUAUGGGAAUGAUAACUUCCCUUUCAACUAUGCCUUCUUUGAUGGGGUAACCAAUCCCAUAAAUGACAAUGGGAUUCUAUACACAAACGUUUUUGAUGCUAACUUUGACACAUUGGUUUCUGCUCUAACUGCGGUAGGGCUAGGGAAUAUGCCCGUUUUGGUAGGAGAGGUAGGGUGGCCUACAGAUGGAGACAAGAAUGCUAAUGCAGGUAAUGCCUUAAGAUUCUACAAUGGCCUUCUGCCUAGGCUUGCUGCCAAUAGGGGUACGCCACGUCGUCCUGGAUAUAUAGAAGUCUAUCUGUUUGGACUAAUUGAUGAAGAUGCCAAGAGUGUUGCUCCAGGAAACUUUGAGCGUCACUGGGGGAUUUUCAGGUAUGAUGGGCAACCCAAGUUUCCUAUGGAUCUAUCUGGUCAGGGUCAAAACAAAUUUCCUAUAGGUGCUCAGAAUGUGAAGUAUCUUCCUCAGCAAUGGUGCAUGUUUAAUCCUGACGCUAAAGAUCUUAGCAAACUUGCAGACAAUAUAAAUUAUGCCUGUACCUAUGGAGACUGCACUUCGCUUGGGUAUGGUUCUUCUUGCAACAAUUUAGAUGCUAAUGGGAAUGCCUCAUACGCAUUUAACAUGUAUUAUCAAGUGCAGAAUCAGGAUGACAUGGCCUGCAAUUUUCAAGGGCUGGCCAAACUUACUAACCAGAAUCUUUCACAGGGCAGCUGCAAUUUUAUUAUUCAGAUUGCUCCUUCAUCGUCCUCUUCUUUGAGGUCCUCUCUAGUGGCUUGCGUUUUCAUCACAUUAUCAGUGAUUCUAUUUUUGUAGACUUACAUUUUUUUUGUAUAUACAUCAAAGAUGGUAUUUAUUUGAAUAUUUAUCAGUUAUUGUGCUGAGAUAGUCUGAAUGAUUCUUGUCUGGCGGAUUCACUUAAUAAGAGGUUUCCAAAUUUAAAAUCUUUCGGUCGAUGAA